GUUUGAAAAUCAGAAGAAACACUCGCAAGAACAUCGACAAACAACUUGUUUGUGUCUUUCACUUGGCGGAAAGUAGGCCGCCACUUCUCCAGAGCCAACUAUCAACAUUGAGUCGCUGACUAGCAUAGAGCGCGGUGGCCGCGCUUCGAUUCCGUUCAAUUCCUGCUGUUUGUCGUUUGUUUUAGCAGAUGCAGCUUGAUUUUUGCGAAGAAACGAGUAUUUUUGUCGAUUUUGUGCUACAAACGGUGCCUUUUACAUCGAAAAAUGGUCCUGAUCGAGAGGAAUAGCGACGCUGACGAAACGAUGCCUCAAACUGUGCCUUCAGCUGGGUUCACCCCUCCUUGUGACUACACCUCCUUCGCAGACAACUUCGACCUGUCGCUCCUCCCGGGAGGUGACCAACCUGUCUCCCCUUCGACGCUCUUUUACACCCAUUUUGACAUAGAGAAACCGGCCCAGCCUAAACUCUUCGCCACGUUUUACCCCACGUCACCCUCGGACGUUUACCCCACUUCUCCCCAAGAAGCCUACUCCUCCCCACCACAGGAGGCGGAGAGCGAUAUAGAGUUGGCGCCAGAUUUCCAAACCCUUCUGGUACCAGAAGGAAACAAGACGUACCCUAAUAUAUACUUGGAGGUGCCUAGCCCGAAUAGUACAGCGGCGGGCGCACUUUCUCCCUUCUCGCCACAGUCCCAGGGGUUGCUGUCCCCUAACGAGAAUUUCACCAGCUACAGGCAGUCGGAGGGUAGUUUCUACCCCAGCUCCCCCGAGCAGUCGCUGUACACUGCGUCCCCCAGUUCGGUCUACUCCACGUCUCCCAGAGGGGACGAGAAUCAGACCCAGUAUAUCAAGACAGAAGAAUCCCCUUUGCCGACUUUCGCACCCUUCAAGAUAAAAGAAGAGGGCUUCCACUUAUCGAAGAGCCCUUGCUCGUACUCCCCCGAACAUCUCUGUCUUUCCAUCGACGAUACAGACGUACUGACGCUCCUGGAGGGGGUUGGUGCACAAAAACAGAUAAAGGAAGAAGCUGUUGAGGGUUUUGGACAGAGCUACAAAGAAACAGAGACACUUCGACAGCUGUUGGAGAAGGACUUGAAGAAGUGUGACGACGCUGGGAAGCCCAAAGACCACAAGCUGUUGAGGGAAGUUUUGAAGGACACCAGUUUCCAGAGGAAGUUCAAUAUCAAGCCGAUCGAUUUUGGGUUUCUGGGCGGAGACAUCAAAAUGGAAGAGCCCGAUGACUUGUUGAGGAGCUGCAACGAGGAGAUUGCCAAAGCUAGCAUCGAGCCGGUGCUGAAUAUGGCCAUUGAGCAGAUGAGGAAGGAUGUUGACAAUACCUGCACCACUUUAGGAAUAUCAGCAGAUCCAUCACAGUGGGACUCCGCCAGUGUGUUAUCUUGGAUCAGGUGGACCUCUAGACAGUUCAGCCUUCCUGAACCUAUGCCAGAACAGUGGGAUAUGCCAGGUUCUGCAUUAGUGGCGUUACCAGAAGAAGAUUUCACGAGUAGGGCUCCCCAGGGUGGCAUGAUACUUCACGCACAGUUAGAAAUAUGGAAAGCGGCCUAUUCAGAUGAAGAUCUACGGAUGCAGUGGCGUCCAGAAACAGCGUCUAGCAAUGCCUCAAGCGGGGAUAUGUCAGAUG